CAAAAAGCUUAUCGUUCAACUUUUCGAACUUUUUUUUUGCAUACGUGAAACGACGACCAAUUCCACCUUCCCGUAUCGUUAAUGCCGAUACCAAGCCUGUUCUGGUCAGCAAUUGUUGUUGCAGCAGUUGCUGUCAUCAGCGCUUUAGUUCUGUCCAUUCAAAGAGCUAUUAGCCAUAGCAAGGCCUCCAUUGAGUAUGGACAAAUCUUCAAAUCAGAUAAACGUAGAGAUGAAUCGCAAUUUUCCGACGAUGAACGGCAAAAGAGACUGGUGCCCGGAACCAUUAUUCUGACCGCUUUGGCUGUAUAUCAACUGAUCUUGUCUGUCCAAGACUUUAAAAAUACUGCUGAAGAACCUAACCCAUUCUUAUUCAAUGUUUUGGCUGCCAUCUUCCAAUUGGUUUCAUGGUUAUAUGCCCUAUCACUGACCAUCAUGUGCAGUCGGUACCGUUUGCCAGAUACCUGGGGAUGGGUUCUCAAUGUCCAUUUGUGUAUUUUCUAUUUGGCCGCUUUCGGAGAUGCUGCUUACAAAGUAGUUUCCGCUAUCUACAGCAUGUCCGAACAACCGCUGUCAUACAGCUUGUAUCUUUUCGCGUGGCUCUUCAUCUCUUGGGACUUAUUGUUUGUAACUGGAACCACUCCAAGAGGUGCACCCUUUGUGGAUGAGGAAGGCAAACCUGUUUCUCCUGUCACCGUAUCUUCAUGCUUCGGCUUCAUCUUCUUCUCGUGGGUCUCGCCUUUGAUCAGUAUGACCUACAACAGAAACCAAUUAGAACUUGAUGAUCUUCCUAUCUUGCCUGCAACCUACCGUGGACGUAAUUUAUUCUAUGCCUUCAAGAAGAAUCGUGGAGAAAGACUUUUCCCGCGACUAGUCAAAGCCAACGUCGCUGGUCUUACUGUACAAGUGUCCACUGCCAUGAUUGGCGCAGCGCUUUUCUAUGCACCUCCAUUUGCUAUGAAUCAGCUAUUGGUUUUAAUUACAGACAUCAAGAAUGACCAUGCCGAACAUGAUUCCAGUCGCGUCUCACAAGGUUACUACUACGUUUUCCUACUCUUUAUCCUAUCCCUCCUUAUUGGCUUAACCACUGCCCAAACGUGGUAUUGGGGUGCGUCUUCUAUUCAGGUGCGCACUAAGGCUAUGGUAAAUAUUGAAAUCUAUGCAAAGACUCUCCGUCGUCGUGAAAUCGCCAGUGCAACUGGUGAAGAUUUAGCCAGUAGCGGCGAAGGCGAAGACGCCAAACAGGAUGAUAAAAAAGAAGACGAUAAGAAGGAGGACGUCAGUUCUUCCACCGGCACCAUUGUCAACCUGAUGUCCACUGACUCUAACAGAAUCUCUGAAUUUUUCACUUGGUGGUUUACCUUUUUGGAAGCCCCUGUUGAGCUUGCAAUUGGUAUCUAUUUCUUGUAUGUUCUGCUUGGUGUCUCAUCCUUGUUGGGUUUAAUGGUCAUGGUCAUUACACUUCCCUUGAACCACUUCAAUGCCAAGGUCUUCUCUGCUACCCAAGAUAAGCUCAUGGAAACUAGAGAUAAGCGUAUCGCUUUGAUGAAUGAGAUUUUGCAAGGUGUCAGACAGAUCAAAUUUUUUGCAUGGGAGAAGAAUUGGGAAGAGAAAAUUCUUGCUAGACGUAACAUGGAACUUAAGCAGCUGAAGACUACCUUUUUACUUGAAGUUGGCUUCAAUCUUCUUUGGCAAGGAUCGCCGCUGUUGGUUACCAUCAUUUCUUUCUGGUCUUACACUAAAUUGCAAGGAAAUGAACUCACGGCCGCCACAGCAUUUACUGCCAUUGCCGUCUUUGCCGAGCUUAGAUUUGCUCUAAACGUCUUGCCAGAGUGUUUCAUCGAAUGUCUCCAGUUCUUUAUCAGUAUCAAGCGUGUACAAACUUACUUGGAUGAACCAGAAGUUGAACAGCCUCCACCCAUUGACGUCUCACAACCAGCCCAGGUUGGAUUGAGCAAUGCCACUAUCACUUGGCCGUCUAACAAUGUUGAAUCAGUGUCGGAUGCACAGAAUGGCGCUGGCUCUUCUGCUUCGUCUACCACGGCCAAGAACAGCGAAGGAUUUAUCUUAAAAGACGUGUCUAUCGAUUUCCCUAAUGGUAAACUCAGUAUCAUUUGCGGUUCUACCGGUGCAGGAAAGACUCUGUUGAUGCUCAGUCUUCUUGGAGAAACGACUGUUUUGAAUGGCCAAGUUUUCUGUCCUCGACAGCCUAUUGCUGAUGAUGUAGAUGAAGCAGGCAAUGGAGAUAUUGAGAUUCCCGACGAAGAUUGGAUAUUAGAACACUCUGUUGCUUUUGUUUCUCAAACUGCUUGGUUGCAAAAUGCCAGUAUUCGUGACAACAUUAUUUUUGGCCUUCCCUUCAACAAGAAGAGAUACUUUGCUGUAUUGAAAGCGUGCGCUCUUGAAAAGGAUCUUAGUGUCUUGGAAGAUGGUGAUGAAACUGAAAUUGGUGAAAAGGGUAUCACUCUUUCUGGUGGCCAGAAAGCUCGUGUUGCCCUUGCCAGAGCUGUCUACUCUCGGGCCAAGAAUGUCUUCAUGGAUGACGUUUUGAGUGCCGUUGAUGCUCACACUGCUCGCCAUUUGUACGAUAACUGCUUGACUGGACCGUUGAUGAGAACCCGUACUCGCGUUUUGAUCACCCACUAUGUUCGAUUGUGCGCUACUGGUGCUUCUCAACUCAUCUUCAUCAAGGGAGGUGUCAUUCAGCUAUCGGGUGACCCUGCCCAUUUGAGACAAACUGGUGAAUUAAAUCAAGUCUUUGAAGAAGAGGAGAAAGACCAUAAAGAAGAAGCAUUAGGAGAAACAUCUGCAGCGGCGACUGAGACUGUGGAGGAGAUUGUCGAUGAGGAAGUAGACGAAAACGCUGAUCUCAAUAAGAAAAAGCCUAAAGCCCUUGUUGAAGAGGAAACCCGUGCAACUGGUAUGGUCAAGCUUCGACUUUAUAGCCUUUACUUCAGUUCUGCCGGCAGCAUCUUCUACUGGCUCGGCGUUUUCUUUGCCUUCAUUUUCCUUCGCGGUUUAGUGAUUGGCGAAGCAUGGUGGGUCAAGGAAUGGACCCAAUCAUACGCUGCUGAACAACUUCCUGAUGGAAAUGUAUCGGACGCAGUUUCUGCUUUGAAUAUGUCACCCUUUGGCUUCCAUGACCUCAGUAAUAGCGCUAGAGCAUUUGCGUAUAGCACCCAAGAUAUGGCAUACAACACAUUUUCCCGUCUUGCCCAACCACAGCACAGUCUCGAUUACUACCUCGGUAUCUAUAUUUUGAUUACCAGUUUGCAGAUUGUCUUCAGCGGUUUACGUUUUGGCCUUGUCUACUGGGGUUCACUACGUGCAAGUAAAGUCUUGUACGUCGAGCUCCUCCGACGUGUCUUCAGGGCUCCUCUUCGUUUCUUUGACACCACUCCUGUUGGAAGAAUCCUCAACCGUUUCUCAAAGGACUUUGAAACCAUUGACUCAUCUAUCCCUAACGACUUUGCUUGGUUCCUGCAACAAAGUUUGACUGCUCUCUCCAUCGUCAUGUUGAUCUCCUAUUAUCUCCCAGUCUUCGCCUUGCCCAUGCUCGCCAUCUCGGUUGUUUAUAUCUUGAUUGGCAAGCUGUUUGUCAACGCCUCAAGAGAGUUCAAGCGUAUGGAAUCCGUCACUCGUUCCCCUAUCUUCACACACUUUACUGAGACUAUUGUUGGAGCAACCACUAUUCGUGCUUUUGGAAAUAGUAAACAGUUCUUGCAGAGAAUGGUCAAGUUAUCUGAUAUCAAUUCUAGACCAUACAAUAACGUGUGGGUUGUCAAUCGAUGGGUCAGUGUUCGAUUCAACGUCUUGGGUUCAAUUAUCAAUGCUAUGACUGCCCUUGUCAUCAUCCUCAAUUUGGAUUACGUUGAUGCUUCCCUCGCUGGACUUUGUCUUAGUUUCACUUUGAACUUCACUGAUCAAAUGUUCUGGGCCGUCAGACGAUACACAUCGUUGGAACUUAGCUUCAAUGCUGUCGAACGUAUCGUAGAAUUCAUGGAAAUGGAUCAAGAAGCUCCUGCUAUCGUUGAACCCCGACCACCAGCUAGUUGGCCACAUGAAGGUCAAAUUGAGGUGAAGGACUUGCAAAUCAGAUAUGCUGCUGAUCUUGACCCUGUCCUGCAUGGAAUUAGUUUCAACAUCAACCCUCGCGAGAAGAUUGGUGUGGUUGGAAGAACUGGAAGUGGCAAAUCAACCCUUGCCCUGUCAUUCUUCCGCUUCGUUGAAGCUUCUCAAGGUUCUAUUUCCAUCGAUGGCAUUGAUAUCUCCAAAAUCGGUACAGAAGAUCUUCGAAGCAACCUCACUAUCAUUCCUCAAGAUCCCACUUUGUUCUCUGGUACUUUGAGAUCCAACUUGGAUCCCUUUGAUCAGUUUGAAGAUCGCGAGAUAUUCGAGUCUUUGAGAAGAGUCCAUCUCCUGCCUGCUUCUGACGAUGAGGAAGCAUUGCAGGACGAAGAGAGCAACCUGAACGCAAAUGUCUUCCGCAACCUUGACAGCCCUGUCAGCGAAGGCGGAAAGAAUUUCUCUCAGGGCCAGCGCCAACUGUUGUGCCUUGCUCGUGCAUUAUUAAAACGCUGCCGAAUUGUCUUUAUGGAUGAAGCUACUGCUAGUGUGGAUUUCAAGACCGAUGAAGCUAUUCAACAUACUAUCGCUACCGAGUUCGCUGAUUGUACUAUUUUAUGUAUUGCUCAUCGAUUACUGACCGUUGUUGAAUAUGACCGAAUCUUGGUCUUGGACCACGGCAAAAUUGAAGAAUUUGCCAGCCCAUAUGAAUUGAUCACCGAUCCUAAUUCUGCCUUCUACAAGAUGUGCAAGAACUCUGGUGAAUUCGAUAAGCUGGUUGCAUUAGCAAAGAAGAAGCAUCAAUUAGUUGAUGUAUGAAAAUAGACAACUCCCAUUGUAAACAAUACAAAUAAAAGCAUAGGACGACAAGUGUUUUUGCACUUUACAGGAUUGUGAGAUCAGGUAGUGGUAACGU